AUGUAUCGUGGUGUACGUAUGAGGAGUUGGGGAAAAUGGGUGUCUGAAAUCCGUGAGCCGCGAAAGAAAUCAAGAAUAUGGCUUGGAACCUUCCCAACAGCUGAGAUGGCAGCUCGGGCUCAUGAUGUAGCGGCUAUAGCCAUAAAAGGUCGUUCGGCUUACCUUAACUUUCCCGAAUUAUCCCACCUACUUCCACAACCAGCCACCACAUCACCAAAGGACAUCCGGGAAGCUGCCACCAAGGCUGCCGCCACAUGUGGUGGAGAUGAAGCUGAGCCACCAUGUCAACCCAUGCUUUCUCAUUCUCACUCGUCCACAACUUUAUCAUCAUCAUCAUCAUGCAACAUUCAAGAUUCAGUCACAUCGACAUCAAAUCAAGAAGAUGACACAUUUUUCGACUUGCCUGAUCUUGCUCUUGAAAACGCUGAUCGAAGUGAUGCUUUCUAUUUCUACCCUUCAUCUUGGCAAUUAGAGGCUGGAGCAGAUACAGGGUUUCGGCUUGAAAGUGAAGAGCCGUUUCUUUGGCACAUUUACCAGUGA